AUCGAACCGAAUCCGAAGCCGCGCGUCAACAAGAUUCAAGGUCGCGGAAAGCCGUUCGUUUGUUUACUCUUUUCCAAGUUUUCUUGUCAUUUUCGGUCGGCAUUCCUUUUGCAAUUUUCCACCUGCCCUCGCUGGCAUUCAAGACUUUUCCGACCGGCCCCACAAGAGUGAUUAUUACCCUGACGCGAAGUGAAAAGUCCUUGAAAAUCGACAGAAUGAAAUCAUCAACCGUAAAGCGCAGAGGAAAAACCGUCGUUUGUGUGUGAUUUAGUGAGUUCGGCUUUUCUUGAAUCAAUUUUUGCAAGCCACUGUCUGGUGAAUUGCGUUCCGGAAGUAAAACUGGUUUUGUUCCCGUGAAAAGCUUGAACAGCAUUGCAAUGAACGGAAAUCCGGGUAUAACACUGUUCAGUGAACAUGCCGGAAGCAUCCAGGUUAAUAAUACCAGCGCCCUCCACCGUGCCGAGGAGGAAGAAGCGCUGGAAGAUCAGCGACGGCGGAACGAUGAAUUGGCCCAUCAGAUGCAAAAUGCCUUUGAUGAUCUGAUUGAUGAUGACGAGCCGAACGAUACGUUGAACUCUUUGAACUAUCUAUCGAACCAUUCGGAGAUUUCAACCCCACCGCCACCGCUUCCAGUAGCUAACAGGGUUCUGGAAGGGGUUAUACCGCAGAAAGGCGGAGCGCCCAAUGGCGGUGAUGGUGGAGAUGGCCAUCAUGUGCACCAUUGGAAACAAAUGUACGAAUCGAAGAAUCGCGAGUUUGAGCAUGUUACGAGUUUGAUGUACCGGAAAGGUAAAGAAUUCGAACAACAGCUGAAUGAGCUAAAGAAACGUCUUAUGCUGGUCGAGGGAGAACGAGAUCGGGCGAAUAUGACUCGAACACAAACCCACGACAUAUUGGUGGAAAGCAAAACAAAAAUUUCCGAGCAAGAAGAUAUGAUCUCAAAGUUGAGAGACAAAAUUAAAUCACUCGAAGAAACGAAUCUCAAACUGGAGGCCGAUCUGGAGCAUAAGAAGACUAUGCUUCAAGACACGCUUCAAAAGUACCACAUGGUUGAGCAGUCGAUGGGUAAGAAGGCCGACCGGCAUACCGAUCACUUAUUGAAGCAAGCUGAGGAGAAACACAACGCCAAGAUUGCCAUGAUGCAGCAACAAAUCGAAAACCUUCGUACGGAACUAGACGAUCGAGUUCAAGAGGUUCGCCGGUGGGAAGUGCGUUAUAAGGAACUCCAAUCGCUGAGGGAUGCAUUGCUUGUAGAGAAAACUGAAACCAUUCAACGGUUGCAGGACGGCUUAGAGGAGUCACAAAGACAGUGCGAAAACCUGAUGACGAAAACCAUGAGUGUGACCAACUUUAGCCAAGAUAAUUUGCGGCUCAAAAGCAAGGUCAGUGCUCUGGAACAGCAAACGCAUGACAUGCAGAAAACGAUCAACACCCUAACACACAGAUUAGAAACCACAUGUGCUGAGUUGGAACUGAUGGAUAGCGUCCUCUGUUCAGGCGACGACCAUGCCGCCAGUCCUGGUAAGGAAGCCACUUGUACCUUCGCAAUGUCACGAAAAAAUCUCAUCGGAAGCACACCGAUCAAUCCUAGCAUGAACAAAAACACAGAAGAUCGUGUCGCCAAACUAAAGCAAGAAUUGCUACUCUGCAUGAACGGUCAGAAAGAAAAGCGUGAAACGAUCAAUCGCCUUGAGUCCGACCUUGCUGCCAAGGAGCAAGAGGUUCAGCAGCUCAAAAAAGAUGAAAGUCAAGCACUGGUACAGAUGAAUCAAUACAAAGAGGAAGCAUUCAGAGUGGGCUCAAAGUGCAAAUUACUUGAAGCAGAAUUGGACAAAAUGUGUAAAAAGGAUCAAAGUGGGUCCAAACAUGGCCGGAGGUCGAGUUUAGAUAGGCAGGAGGCAUUGGAAGACAAGAUAUUUGCACUAAAGCAAGAAAAACUUGAACUGGAGGAAAAGUAUGAUAAAUUGGAGUACGAGAAUCAACAGUUGCAAGAACGAUUAAGAAAAGUCGGGUCUGAUUCUCAGUCGCUUGACACCGUCAAGCUUGAAUUGGAGAAGCAGAAAUUCCUUUUGAAGGACUCGCAAAACGAGUGCGAAAGAUUAAAAAAUUUAUACAUCGAAAUGUCCGGCAGUAAGGAUGCUUUGAACCGAGACCUGAUGGCGCUGCGAUCUCAAGACUCAGCGAAGGAAAUCUCAGUGCUGAGAGAGAAGGUGGCCACCAUGGAACGAGCGCUUCAACUAGCAGAAUUGAAGUCAUCUGAGUUGGCCAAGUUACUUGAGAAGGAGAAGGUUGAACGCGAAAAACUGCUGCGAGAUCUCCAGGAACGACACGACACUAGUCAGGGAUCAAAAGAUAAAAAACAGAGUUCAAACAGCUGUGAUAGAUGCAUUGAUAACCUAACGGAAAUGUCCAAGGUCGAAAUUCUAAAUCUGCAACUACAAAACACCUGCGCAUCUCACUUGAAAGACAUCAAUGAACUGAAGAGCGCUCUUAAAGAAGCUCGCACGACCAUCAGCAGCCUGCAUGAAAAGCUGAACCUAAAAGCAGAGCGUGAUUUCUUAAUUGACGAGCUGAAGGAAAAAGCCAUCCAAUUCGAACAAUUCAUGCGAGCCAAAAAUACCAACCAUAACAUAAGUAGUAGUAGUGGCAACAGUUCAACUAAGGACAGCGCCACAUCACCUCAUCCGAAAAGGCAGUCACGUGACCAGAGCGUCAACACCUCUUCUGAUUACCAUGAAUUGAAUGAACUAGAAGCCAGAAAGGCAGCUCGGGAUCAAGAAAAUCGGAUACGCGAAGAAAUGGCUCGAGCUUUUGCAGCCGAGAUUAAGGUGAUCGAAGAGAAAUUUAAAGUGCAGUUUGUUAAGUUUGAACAAAAUAUCACCGAGUUGAAGAAAGAGUUGCACGACCGAAUCAACGAGCUUCUGUUACGAAAUAAGGAAAUUGAAGUUUUGAAAUACGCUAUCGUGACCGAGCGGGAAAAAAUGACGGAAAUAUUGUCCAAAAAAGACGAAGACGCCAGGAGACUUUUUGACAAACAGGCAGAGGUGAUGAAGAAAUACAAAACCGAACUGGAUAACACUCAGCGCAAAGUGCAAUUUCUUGAAGAACAACUACAGGAAAAGCGUGAAUUGAUACAAGCAGAACGCGAAUCGAUGGAAAAGCUAAUUCAUCAAGUUACCGAGGAACGAAAGUUGUUUAAGGAACGCGAAGCCGAAAUUAUCGAAAAGUCCGUUGAAAUUGAAGCCGAGUACAACAAAAGUUUGGAAAUGAUGACAGAGAAGUACAAUUCUGCGAAAAAGACGGCUCUCAACUAUAAGAAAUACGCCGAGGACAAAGAACAGCACAUGCUGAAGGAGUACGAUCGCAUCAAAGAUGGGUACAACACAGCCCUGCUCAAAGUCCAAAAUCGCAUGAAAGAAGCCCUGGAUAGCAAAGAUCGCAGCAUGAAGGAACAGAUCUCGAAAGUUGAAUCGGAAUACCAAUCUAAGUUGAACUUGCUGAAAGCCAGUACCUAAAACAUCUCAAAGUACAAUCAUGCGGAAUGACGCACUGUGUUCUCUCUACCUUUAUAGCUUUAUCAUAAAAUGGAAUUCAUAAUGUUUCGUAGUAAUUGUUAAUACUGACGUGUAUGUGUAUAUAAGCAUAUUGUACUUAGAAAUGCUUCUAGGAAAAUGUCAAACGCAUAUUUUAAGUCGAACAGUGCAACUGCAUGACAAGGAAGCCUGCCUUUGAUGUUGAAUAACCAUAUGUACGGAUUGUAGCUGUACUGAAGUACUCUUGUUUAAAACUGCCUUUGAGAACAUACUCCUACCCCAUUCUGCCAUAUCUCUCUUGAAUCAUUUUUUGUAGAAGAAACAAUUUUAUGAAUUAGAUACUAGCCAACAAAUGCAAGUGAUUUUAAAACUAAUUAAUUUUACCUGUCAUGAGUAUUAGUGACUAAAAAUAAAUGUAUGUGUUACAAUAAUAAAA